CAGUUUCAGAAAGAACACUUCUUGCUUUCACUGAGCUUUUGUAUUUCGCAGUUCAAACCUGCUGUUCCUCCAGAUCUUGUCAAAGUUCACUUCAUCGAAUUGGAAAAUACGAUACUGAAUCAGCGCGAAGAAAAUGGUCCGCCACCUCUUGUGGAAGACGUUGGUCAUGAUCACGACAGCACCGCCGAUUCUGAUACUGAUAAAGGCCCCACCCAUCAUACUAUCGGCGAUACAAAAUGUCCUUGCGAAGAAACUAAAGAAACUAUGGAGUCUAAACUUUACUUAGCCGUUGUUGAGGUUCGCAAAUCGACCGAUGGCACGCUGUAUCAAAACGAGGAAGGAUGCGCGUAUCGCCGCCGUCAUGGCUCGAACAAAAUGAUCACUAUUAAUGAUCUCGUUGCACUGAUGAACAGUGGACCCGUUCCU